AUGAUAUGCACUAUUCAAACUGACGAAUCAGACCACACGUCUCAUUGUGCAACUCCUCCCACAAACCCAUCGUCCCACUCCCGCGAAACCACCGCCUCCACCCCUAAAGUCAACGCGCCGACAAAGACCAAGGCAACCAAAACCACUGAGUUUGAGGUGUCAGUUCGUGAGUGUCGAUCCUCGUUCGAGCAGCCUUUGACGCCUGAGGCGCUGGCAACAUUCAAUGCUGCGCAAGCCCGCACUGGCGUAAUCUACAUCUCACGAAUACCUCCUGGCAUGCGUCCUGUAAAAGUACGACAUUUAAUGAGUGCCCGUGGUGAAGUGGGGAGGGUUUAUUUCCAACAAGAAGCUGAUAUUAACUUUCAUUCACCUCGAGAUGUCCAACCACCGUGGCUAGAUGACGAAUUUGAGAAAUGGUACUGGCUUGACUAUACGCUGAAACUCGGCUGA